ACAGUGAGCUAUGAUGAUUUCACCAGUGCACUCCAAUGUAGGCAACAGAAUGAGACCCUGUCUCUAAACAAAAUACUUUCUGCCCUGAGGUUCAUAAAGGUAUUAGCCCAUAUUAUUAAGUGGUGUAAUUACUUCUGGAACUAAUUACCCAGUGUUAGGUCAAACUUCGCAGAUUAAGCGCACAGUCCUCAUAAGACUUUUUUCAUUCCAAACUGCAAGUUCAAGGGUUUCCAUGCCACCCUCACUUCUGACCAGCUGACCACUUCUGAUCACUAGCCUCUCAGGUUUAAUAAUUUACUGAAACAACUCACAGAACCCAGGAAAAUUAUAUUUAUUAAUUACAGCUUUAUUAUAACAAAAGGAUACAAAUCAAAACCAACCAAAGGUAGAAAAUGCAUAGGGCAAGGUCUGGGAGGGUUCCGGAUAGAAAAUUCCAUGGUUCUUUCUCUUGGAAUCAGGACAUAUUACCCUCCCAGCACACAGCUGUAUGAGAAUACUUGCCAACCAAAGAAGUCUAUCCAAGCUUGUGGUCAUAGAUUUUAUUAGGGCUUUAUUACAUAGGUGUGAUUGAUUGAAGAACUGACGUGUAACUCAAUCUCUAGCCCCCAUCCUCUACACAGGCUGAUGUUAUUUGGCUCAGAGUCCUAAACUUCAAAUCACAUGAUCGAUCUGUCUGGUGUAACCAGCACCUAUCUGAAGUAAUCUCACUAGCAUAACUUAUCUAGAGGCCCAUGAUGUGUCUCUGUCAGAGACAAUCUGUCAGAUAGAGUGUGAGUGGCCCACCGUGAAUAACAAACAGCUUCUAUAAUUCAGGCUAUUUUAAGAGUUUAAAUGCUAUCUCCCAGGAACUAGGGACAGAGGCCAAAAAAGUUGGAGAAAUCCAGAAUGUGUAACAUCGUAACAACUAACCUAAUUCCUUCAACAGGCCAGGGUCUGAAAAAGGGGAUGAUGCAGUAGUGUUCAAUAAUAAAUACACCUAAGUAGAUAAAUAAAAUGAAUGGACUGGAUAUUGAUUUGACAAACCAGUCAUAAGAUACUUUUAGGUAAUCAGGAAAUUUUUAAAGCAGAUUGGGUAUGUAAAGGAAAAUAAAAAUCUCAGGAUCCUCCAAACUUAGGCAAAUGUGGAGAUUAAGCCCUGGAGUUCAUGAAUUGUAAUACCCUCUUCCAAAUGAACAGCUGUGCAUUAGCCCGAUCCCCAUGAAAGGUGAAAAGCCUCAGGUAUUUGGGAAGAGCUUUCCCCAUAGGUCAUUCAUAAGUAAACUUAUGUGCAAGUAAAACCUUGCACUCUUUCUCCAAGCCCAUGUGUGAUACGAUUCUUCUGGUACACCAAGGCAAGAAACUCUGGGAUACAAGACCCCUCUUGUGCUUGCGAUAAGGCAGGGGUCUAAUUGAGCUAACACAAGCCUCCUAUGGAUGGCUAAACUAAAAAAGUACCCUGUGAAACACGCCCACUGGGGCUUCAGGAGCUGUAAACAUUCACCCCUAGACACUGUUGUUGGGUUGGAGCUCUGCAACCUGCCAUGUGCAGGCUCCCUCUAGAGGUUUGAGCAGCUGGGCACGAAGAAACGAGCCACACCCCCAUUACAUGCCCUGGGAGGGGGACAAGCGAGCUUUUCCCGUUUCAUCACAAUUUACUUUCGGCACUAACAUGAUUGUUCAGCUGUCUUCAUCAGCAGGCCUUUAUUCGAGGAGAUUCCUGCCCAAGCAAACUGUUUAAUUGUUCAUUAUGCUUCCGCAGAGACCCAUCAAAUUUCCAAUCUCUUCCAAAGAAAGUACCAAUAGAUUGCACCUUGAGAUUUUUUGUUUCAAAAAUCCUUGCUAUAUCCACCAAUCCCGGACUGUAGUAUCAUGAUCAUUAUGCAAUACUAAUAAAAUCCCUUGCAAUGAAAGACCCGCCUUAAACAUCCAGUUCUCAAUCAGUUCCAACCUUGCCUUGACACUGCUCUCUGAAGGUGCCAACGCUCCGUCGAAGUGUUGUCCUCCAUUGCUGCAAUCAGCAACAAAUUCCGUUGUUUGUCUUAUCAACAGGUUGAGUUGAUGAUAUUCGGGGAGCCGGCAUUUGACAUAAGUUUGAGAUCUGGUAUUCCUUAACGUUCGGCGUCCAUCGGAGCUCAGCCUAAGUCACUUUUACGCUUCCCAUUUUUAGCCUACCCUUUGUUUCUGCUAAAAAUUUUGGUUUCUAGCUUAUUUUCAUAAUACAAGCUGAACUUUUCACUUUUAUAUGCCAUCACUUUAAAAAUUUUACAAUUAUUUUCUCAUGAAUUUUUAAAAUGAAUAAAACUAAAAGGAAUCUGACAGUAGUAGCGCCAGAGAAGUGUCUCAAACCCAACCGGCUUGAGUCAAAACAAAACCCAGCUGGUGGGAAGCGCGACCCUUGGAGCAUUCUGGGAACUGUAGUCCAGGAGUGAGAGAACUCUGAGACGCUUCCGCUUAGGAAUACUGGGAAGUGGAGUCCACGAACCGUGGGCACUCGCAGGCACUUCCGCUCCAGGAAGGCGAGGUCGGACCUGAGAUAGCUCCCAGGGAGGUUCACUCCCCCGGAACUCUGCCUUUUCCCGGAAGGAAGAGGGGGAAAAUGACCAAGUUCCAGGAGGCAGUGACAUUCAAGGAUGUGGCUGUGGCCUUCACUGAGGAGGAGCUGGGGCUGCUGGACUCUGCCCAGAGGAAGCUGUACCGAGAUGUGAUGCUGGAGAACUUUAGGAACCUGGUUUCAGUGGGACAUCAGUCCUUCAAACCAGAUAUGAUAUCCCAGUUGGAGAGGGAAGAAAAGCUUUGGAUGAAAGAGUUUCAGACCCAAAGAGGUAAGCAUUCAGGAGACAGGAAUCAAAACGAGAUGGCGACUCUUCACAAAGCAGGAUUAAGGUGCUUUUCACUGGGAGAGCUUUCAUGCUGGCAAAUCAAGAGACAUGUUGUGAGUAAAUUAGCCAGAAGUCAAGACUCCAUGAUAAAUAUUGAAGGAAAGAGCUCUGAGUUCCCCAAGCACCAUGAUUCCCCCUGUCAGGUGGGAGCAGGAGAAUCUGUUCAAGCUUCUGUGGAUGACAGCCUUCUAGUGAAUCACGUAGGGGAUCAUUCCAGGAUCAUUGAAAAUCAAGAAUUUCCAACUGGGAAAGUUCCGAAUUCUUGGAGUAAAAUAUAUCUGAAUGAGACACAGAAUUAUCAGAGAAGUCGUAAGCAGACUCAGAUGAAAAACCAAUUAUGUAUAUUCGCUCCAUAUGUUGACAUUUUCAGUUGCAUUUCACACCACCGUGAUGAUAAGAUACUGCACAAAAGAGAUAAAGCUCACAGCAAUAGUGACUGUGGUAAAGAUACCCUAAAGGUAUCACCUCUUACCCAGUGUAGUGUUCACACAGGACAGAAAACCUACCAGGGUAGUGAAUGUGAAGAAGCCUUCAAUGAUAGCUCCAGUCUCGAAUUUCAUAAGCAGGUACACUUGAGAAAGAAGUCUCCAGCGUAUAGUACGCACGAGAAGGACACUAGUCAUAGCUCACGUAUUCCUGUUCAACAAAGUGUUCGUACUGGAAAAAAACGCUACUGGUGUCAUGAAUGUGGUAAAGGUUUCAGUCAGAGCUCAAAUCUGCAAACUCAUCAGAGAGUCCACACAGGGGAGAAACCCUAUACAUGCCACGAGUGUGGUAAGAGCUUUAAUCAGAGCUCACAUCUUUAUGCUCAUUUGCCUAUUCACACAGGAGAGAAGCCCUAUAGAUGUGACAGUUGCGGGAAGGGCUUCAGUCGUAGCACAGAUCUUAACAUUCAUUGCAGAGUUCACACUGGAGAGAAACCUUAUAAAUGUGAGGUGUGUGGGAAGGGCUUCACUCAGAGAUCACAUCUUCAGGCCCAUGAAAGAAUUCACACCGGAGAGAAACCCUAUAAAUGUGGGGAUUGUGGUAAACGCUUUAGUUGUAGCUCAAAUCUUCAUACCCAUCAGAGAGUCCACACUGAAGAGAAACCAUACAAAUGUGAUGAGUGUGGUAAGUGCUUUAGUUUGAGCUUUAAUCUUCAUAGUCAUCAACGAGUCCACACAGGAGAAAAACCAUAUAAAUGUGAAGAGUGUGGUAAGGGUUUUAGUUCAGCCUCAAGUUUCCAGAGCCAUCAGAGGGUCCAUACAGGAGAGAAACCAUUUCGAUGCAACGUGUGUGGUAAAGGUUUCAGUCAGAGUUCAUAUUUUCAAGCACAUCAGAGAGUCCACACUGGAGAAAAACCAUACAAAUGUGAAGUGUGUGGGAAGCGCUUCAAUUGGAGCUUGAAUCUUCACAAUCAUCAGAGAGUCCACACGGGAGAGAAACCCUACAAAUGUGAAGAGUGUGGUAAGGGUUUCAGUCAGGCCUCAAAUCUCCAAGCCCAUCAGAGCGUCCACACUGGGGAAAAACCAUUCAAGUGUGAUGCAUGUCAGAAACGAUUCAGUCAGGCCUCACACCUUCAAGCCCAUCAGAGAGUCCACACCGGAGAGAAACCAUAUAAAUGUGACACUUGUGGUAAGGCCUUCAGCCAGAGGUCAAAUCUUCAAGUCCAUCAGAUAAUUCACACUGGAGAGAAACCAUUUAAAUGUGAGGAAUGUGGGAAAGAAUUCAGUUGGAGUGCUGGUCUCAGUGCUCAUCAGAGGGUCCACACGGGAGAGAAACCCUAUACAUGUCAGCAGUGUGGGAAGGGCUUCAGUCAGGCCUCACAUUUUCACACACACCAGAGAGUCCACACUGGAGAGAGGCCUUAUAUAUGUGAUGUCUGUUGUAAGGGCUUCAGUCAGAGGUCACAUCUCGUCUACCAUCAGAGAGUCCACACUGGAGGGAAUCUGUAGAAAUGAGAGAGGUGUGGUUCAGCCUUCAGUUAGAGCUCACAUCUUUGUCUCCGUUGGGAAGUCCAUGCUGAUGAUUGUGAAAAGUUCUUGUAAAACUAGAAGCUUCAAAGAAUCUUGACGGGGAAGAAGUCUCUCAAAUGCUGUGUUUUAGACUUGGUCAGGACAUGAAUUCUUUACAAACGUCAUAUUUCACAGAUGAGAGAAAACUUUGUUCUGUAAAUAUGAUCAGUGUUUAUAUCAGAGUUACCAAGUGUCCCAGUUCUCAAGAUGUAACACAGCAGAAAAGUCUUGUCAGAGUCUGCGCAGGAGAGAGGCCUUCCUUUAACAAAAAUAUGAUUGACAGAAAAAAUUGAUGUCAACUAAAAUGUAACCUCUAUGUAAGGAGGUGUUUUUCACCACUGUAUCUCUACCAUGUAGAAUUGUGCUUAGCUCAUAAUAGGGCCCAGCAAUUACUGAAGAAAGUGAAGAAAAUACCUAUAAUUAGGACAAAUACUUGAAAAUUCUAGUCUGUUUUGUACCGUAAAUUUAUAUUAAUUUAUAUUCAAGAGGAAUCCUACAAGUAGCCUUAAUAACGUUAGUUUCAGUAAGUACUGAAAAGUGUGUAAUACUGCCAUCCAUACUAAUACAGAUUUGGAAAAAAGACACGACUGGCUCCCAUCCUUCAGCCUUAGUUCUUUGUACAGUGUAUCAGUUGUGUACAGUAUGAUUUUUAGCGUCAUUAGUUUAUAGACUGAACAAUACUGUUUUUAUCUAAUGUGACCCUGCAAUUUACAUGAUUAGAAUUUUUGGACACUAAGCUUUACUGUAACUCUGAAAGUGUUAAAAGUAGUUACUGAUGACAAAAAGUUUCUUAGUAAACUUGAAUUGUUAAU